GAGAGAGACAGGAGACAGGAGACACCCCCCAGCACCACCUUUUCCGCGAGGCUACUGGAAACCCAGCGGUCCGUCGGUGUCCGACCUGCCGGCCGUAGCCUCUCCAGUCUCCGGGGCGCAGGCGGCGCGUCACUCCGCGCCGAUGGAGAGAUUCGUCCCCGCGUCAACUUGGAUACGGUUGGAACAAAAGUAAAGAGAGACGGGAAAGGUGGGACGGAGGCGCACCUGCACUGGAUCCGCUUUUUUCUUCUUCUGUUUAGUUGGUUGUCGAUGCGCGCAGGUUGUUCUCUGCUGACGGAAUGUUCAAGGGCCAGAGCCGGAGCGCGUUGAACAGCGGGAUUCUCCCGGUCGGAUAUUUGCUUUGGGUUUGACGGGGGAAUCUGUCGGAUAUGAAAAGCUCGUCCAGCGGGGACGCAGCGGACACUCUGGAGUUACAGUGAGCAAGAAUUUGGAAAGUAUACACCUUCUGUCUUACGGAUUACCAGGUUCCUUUUUCUUCUCCGGGACAACUGCGGACGCGCUCUUCUUGAAUGUCUGAACAGACCGUUGGGUUGCCAUGACGAGCGAGGAGGAGGAGGGCCCCAGCGUUGCAACAUCAACAGCGGCGACACCGUCGGCGGCAGCGAUCUCCAGGGCGGCGACAGCCGUAUCCAGGGGCGACGGCGAUGAUGCUGUCACUUCCUCCUCCCCCCGCAGACCCUCCCCGCACCGCCGUCGCCCGCGUCCCGAGGAAAAGGAAGAGAAAGAGGAGGAAGUAGAGGAGGAAGGGAUUAUUCGAGAGGAACAAGAAGGAAGGAUUGAGGAGGAGGAGGUGGUGGAGUGUGAUGAAGAAGAUGGCAGCAGUGACACCAGUGUGUUGGUGGUGCCCUACCCUGAGCUGGUACCUGUGGUCUUCUUCUGCCUCAAGCAAACGACCUUCCCCCGCAGCUGGUGCAUCCGCAUGGUCUCCAGUCCCUGGUUCGAGCGCGUCAGCAUGAUGGUGAUCCUGCUGAACUGCGUGACCCUGGGGAUGUACCAGCCCUGUGAGAACAUCGACUGCUCCUCGGACCGCUGCCAAAUUCUACAGGCCUUUGAUGCGUUCAUCUACAUCUUCUUCGCUCUGGAGAUGGUUAUAAAGAUGGUCGCCCUGGGAAUCUUCGGCCGCCGCAGUUACCUCGGGGACACGUGGAACCGACUGGAUUUCUUCAUCGUCAUGGCAGGGAUGGUCGAAUACUCGCUGGACCUGCAGAACGUCAACUUCACGGCCAUCAGGACGGUGCGAGUGCUCCGGCCUCUCAAGGCGAUCAACAGGGUGCCAAGCAUGCGCAUCCUGGUGAACCUGCUGCUGGACACCCUGCCCAUGCUGGGCAACGUCCUCCUCCUCUGCUUCUUCGUCUUCUUCAUCUUCGGCAUCAUCGGGGUGCAGCUGUGGGCCGGGCUGCUGCGCAACCGCUGCUACCUGGAGGAGAACUUCACGCUCACGACGGGCAUCAGCCUGCCGCGGCCCUACUACAUGGCGGACGAGGACGACGAGCGGCCCUUCAUCUGCUCACUGCCGGUCGACAACGGCAUCAUGUCGUGCUCCGACGUGCCGGCCCGCCGCGAGGGCGGCAGGGCGUGCUGCCUGGACAAGGACGACGCCCUGUACCGCCAGUCGCUGGGCCUGAGCCCCGAGCCGCUGACCAACGGCAGCGUGAGCGUGGCGGGGCUCUGCGUCAACUGGAACCGCUACUACACCCGGUGUCACACCGGACACAGCAACCCGCACAAGGGGGCCAUCAACUUUGACAACAUCGCCUAUGCCUGGAUUGUCAUCUUCCAGGUGAUCACUCUGGAGGGCUGGGUGGAGAUCAUGUACUAUGUGAUGGACGCGCAUUCGUUCUACAACUUCAUCUACUUCAUCCUGCUGAUUAUUGUGGGCUCCUUCUUCAUGAUCAACCUGUGCCUGGUCGUCAUCGCCACCCAGUUCUCGGAGACCAAGCAGCGGGAGCACCAGCUGAUGCAGGAGCAGCGGGCGCGGUGCACGUCCUCCUCCACCCUGGCCAGCGAGCCGGGCGACUGCUACGAGGCGCUCUUCCAGCUGGUCUGCCACUGCCUGCGCAAGGCCAGGCGGCAAGCCGUCGCCCUCUUCUACACCCUGCGGGGGAAGCCCCGCGGCUUCCGGGGCGUGGGGAGGGGCAGGGGAGGAGGGGAAGGGCGGGAGAGGAAGGCCAACGGACGAGAUGGACGCGAGAGGAGAGCAAUGCGGAGGCACGGUCCUCCCUGUCCCCACCAUAAUAAACCUGACCACGCCUCACCCGGUCAACCCAUGGCGCUCGCCGCCACCGCCGCCGCCACCUCCGUGUCCGACGGCUGCCGUCGGUGCGCCGCGGCGCUGAUGCUCGCCGACGGUGUCGGGCCAGUCCGCAGCGCCGCAGCCGGCGGGGAGUCGGAGGAGGGAGCUGUGGAGGAGACGGACAGGGAGGGGGUACAGCCCGGGGUCAGUGAGAAGGGCAAGAAGGACCAGGACGGCGCACGGCGCCACGGGGGCUGCAGUCCCAGGAAGCGCUGCACGGAGCUGUGGCACAACACCAGGAUGAAGCUGUGGGGCAUCGUGGAGAGCAAGUACUUCAACCGGGGCAUCAUGAUCGCCAUCCUGAUCAACACCAUCAGUAUGGGCAUCGAACACCACGAGCAGCCGGAGGAGCUCACCAACGUUCUGGAGAUCUGCAACAUCGUCUUCACCAGCAUGUUCUCCCUGGAGAUGAUCCUCAAACUCACGGCCUUCGGCUCUUUCAGCUACCUGCGGAACCCCUACAACGUCUUUGACGGAGUCAUCGUCAUCAUCAGCGUGUGCGAGAUCGUCGGCCAGUCGGACGGCGGCCUGUCCGUGCUGAGGACCUUCCGGCUGCUGCGGGUGCUGAAGCUGGUCAGGUUCAUGCCGGCGCUCAGGAGACAGCUGGUGGUCCUCAUGAAGACCAUGGACAACGUGGCCACCUUCUGCAUGCUGCUCAUGCUUUUCAUCUUCAUCUUCAGUAUCCUGGGGAUGCACAUCUUCGGCUGUAAGUUCAGUCUCAAGACCGAGACCGGCGACACGGUACCAGACAGGAAAAACUUUGACUCGCUCCUCUGGGCCAUCGUCACCGUUUUCCAGAUUCUGACCCAGGAGGACUGGAACGUGGUUCUGUACAACGGUAUGGCAGCUACCUCGCCGCUGGCCGCUCUUUACUUUGUGGCCCUCAUGACCUUUGGAAACUACGUCCUCUUCAACCUGCUGGUGGCCAUCUUGGUUGAGGGCUUUCAGGCAGAGGGUGAUGCCAAUCGCUCGUAUUCGGACGACGAGCGCUCCUCUUCCAACUUUGACGAGAGCGAGAGACACGACUCCAUAAAGUUGUCUGACCCGAGGAUCUGCACCCUGACGCCCAACGGCCACCUGGAGCUCGGCGCCCUCUCGGGGCCCCGGGGAUCCUAUUCCUCCGAGAGGCGGAGCUUCGCCAUCGAGUCCAUGAAGAGCAGCGUGUUGAGCCUGGGCAAGAGCAGCCUGGAGAGACGCUCCCUCUCUCUGCGCCACGGGCGUAGUUCCAACUACCACAACUGGGGGCGCCCUCUCCCCCCUCAGUCUGCAUGGAGCCGCAGAUCCAGCUCCAACAGCCUGGGUCGGAGGAGCUACAGGUUCAGCGGGGCUCCUCUGGUCGGGGGCAGCCUCCGCGUGCACAGCACCCGCUCCCCCCACUCCUACCCCUACGCCGCCGAGCAGGAGUCCCUCCUCUCCCACGCGCCCCACUCCCACCACCCUCUGCUGCCUCCUCAUCCGCCGCCGCCGCCCCCGCCGCUGUUCCUCUCCAGACACUUUGCCGGCAAGUGGGAUCGCCGGGCCCUCUCCCUGGAGCUCCCGGAGCUCCUCGGGGCGGGCGCGCAGCCCCCCGGCCCGCCGCCCGCCCAUGUCCCGGACCCCGGCAGCAGCAGCAGGAGGAGUGGGUCCGGGGCGGCGGGAUCCGUCACCGCGGGGUCCGCGGCUGGCAGCGGCUUCGGAGGGGAGCACCGGGACUGCAACGGCAAGGCGCCGGGUCCCCACGCCCACCUGAUGGCCGAGGUGUUCCCCCAGGUCAACGCGCGGAAAGACCGAACGGACCUCGACGAGGAGACGGACUAUAGUCUUUGCUUCCGGGUGCAGAAGAUGACGGAGGUGUACAAGCCAGACUGGUGUGAGAGCAGGGAGGAGUGGUCCGUCUACCUCUUCUCCCCCCGGAACAAGUUCAGGCUCCUCUGUCAGUCCAUCAUCGCCCACAAGCUCUUCGACUACGUGGUCCUGGCCUUCAUCUUCCUCAACUGCAUCACCGUGGCCCUGGAGCGGCCGAGGAUCCUGCAGGGCAGCCUGGAGAGACUCUUCCUCACCAUCUCCAACUACAUCUUUACGGCCAUUUUUGUCACGGAGAUGACUGUCAAGGUGGUGUCCAUGGGUCUGUACCUGGGGGAGAAGGCCUAUCUGAGGAGCAGCUGGAACAUCCUCGACGGCUUCCUGGUCUUCGUCUCUCUGAUUGACAUCGUGGUGUCCAUGGCGGGCGGGGCCAAGAUCCUGGGCGUGCUGCGCGUCCUCCGGCUGCUCAGGACAUUGCGGCCCCUCAGGGUGAUCAGCAGAGCUCCAGGGCUGAAGCUGGUGGUGGAGACCCUCAUCACGUCCCUCAAGCCCAUCGGCAACAUUGUCCUCAUCUGCUGCGCCUUCUUCAUCAUCUUUGGCAUCCUCGGUGUUCAGCUCUUCAAAGGCAAGUUCUACUACUGUGUGGGCUUCGACGUGAAGAACAUCACCAACAAAUCCGACUGUCUGGCUGCCAACUAUCGAUGGAUUCACCACAAGUACAACUUUGACAACCUUGGACAGGCUCUGAUGUCCCUGUUUGUACUCGCCUCCAAAGACGGUUGGGUCAACAUCAUGUACCACGGCCUGGACGCCGUGGGAAUCGACCAGCAGCCGCUGACCAACAACAAUCCGUGGAUGCUGCUCUACUUCAUCUCCUUCCUCCUGAUCGUCAGCUUCUUCGUCCUCAACAUGUUCGUGGGCGUGGUGGUGGAGAACUUCCACAAGUGCCGGCAGCACCAGGAGGUGGAGGAGGCCAAGCGGCGCGAGGAGAAGCGCCAGCGCCGCAUGGAGAAGAAGAGGAGAAAGGCCCAGAAGCUGCCCUACUACGCGUCGUACGGCCACAUCCGCCUGGCGAUCCACACCCUGUGCACCAGCCACUACCUGGAUCUGGUCAUCACCUUCAUCAUCUGCAUCAAUGUCAUCACCAUGUCCCUGGAGCACUUCAGCCAGCCGCGGUCUCUGGAAACCGCGCUGAAGUACUGCAACUACUUCUUCACCUCCACCUUCGUGAUCGAGGCCACUCUGAAACUGGUGGCCUUUGGCUUCCGCCGCUUCUUCAAGGACAGGUGGAACCAGUUGGACCUGGCCAUUGUGCUGCUGUCCGUCAUGGGCAUCACCCUGGAGGAGAUUGAGAUCAACGCCUCACUCCCAAUCAACCCCACCAUCAUCAGGAUCAUGAGGGUGCUCCGGAUAGCACGAGUGCUGAAGUUGUUGAAGAUGGCGACGGGGAUGAGAGCUCUGCUGGACACGGUGGUCCAGGCUCUUCCUCAGGUGGGGAACCUCGGCCUGCUCUUCAUGCUGCUGUUCUUCAUCUACGCUGCUCUGGGAGUGGAGCUGUUUGGAGAGCUGGUGUGCAACGCCGACUACCCCUGCGAGGGGAUGAGCCGCCACGCCACCUUUGAAAACUUCGGCAUGGCCUUCCUCACGCUCUUCCAGGUUUCCACCGGUGACAACUGGAACGGCAUCAUGAAGGACACACUCAGGGAGUGCCCGCCAGGUCACCCGGGCGCCGACUACGGCUGCCACGCCGGGCUGCAGUUCAUCUCGCCGCUGUAUUUCGUGUCCUUCGUGCUCACGGCCCAGUUCGUGCUGAUCAACGUGGUGGUGGCCGUGCUCAUGAAGCACCUGGACGACUCCAACAAGGAGGCGCAGGAGGACGCCGAGAUGGACGCCGAGAUCGAGCUGGAGCUGGCCCAGGGGGGCCUCUGCUGCAUGAUGGGCGGCAUCGGCGCCAUCGCCGGGGCCACGGGCGCCGCCGCCAGCGGGGCGGGCGUGGGCGGGGCAUGCGUGGGCGGAGGAGUGUCCAGUGCAAUCGCGGCGGGGACGGUUGCAGGGGGACCCCGAGGUGUCGGGGUGAUGGCGCCGCCGCGAGAUGGAGGCGGAGGAGGAGGCGGAGCAGCGGCUCACGAGGGACACGCUCGCCAUCGCUGUCGGCUCUACUCUCCAGCUCAGGAGAGCCAGUGGCUGGACAGUGUGUCUCUGCUGAUUAAGGACUCAUUGGAAGGCGACAUGAUCGACAACCUCUCCGGCUCAGUUUUCCACCACUACUGCUCUCACCCCGUCUGCAAGGACUGCAAGAGUCACCCGCAGGAGAUCCGAUUGGCCGAGGUGGAGCAGGCGUCUCUCAUGUCGGAGCAGCUGUCCGACAAGUCGUCGUCUCCGGCGCUGCCCGAUGACCUCAGCCUCGACGAGCACAGCAGCUACCAGCUGCUGGUCAGGGAGAGCCAGAUCGGCAGCAGUGACUCCCACAGUUCAGAGGAGACGCCCACACACCAGGUGGGCUACAGGGGGCUUCGUCCGUCCAGCUCAGGGAGCGAGGACGGCGUCCAGGAGCUGUUGGAGGUGGGCGUCCAUCCCCGGUUGAGUCCUCCAUCGCUGGAGCAGCAAAGCCCGGCACGCUGCACAGGUGACAGAGAUGGUGAUGGAGAAAGUCGCAGUGGAGGCGGAGGUGGAGGCGAGUCCUCGCCCGUCUUCCAUCUACCGGCGGAUUUCUUCCACCCGGCUGCGGCGGCUCAUCCAGGCAGUCCCGGGAACGGUGUCAACCCAGGGGACAGGGGGCCGUCGACGUUGGCCUCCCCGGCCUCCUGGGCCUCCCUCCGCUCACCCGCAGCCAACAGCAGGCCCCUGAGCUCCCAGCACCCGUCCCACAGCGACUCCUCCCUGGCCACGGGCAGCUCAGAGGGCAGUCUGCAGACCACUCUGGAGGAGGGUCUCAGCUUCAGCGCCUCGCCGCCGCGGGGUCUGGAUCUCGCCGCGCCCCUCCCCGGCCACCGCUCACAUCCCCCGGCACCGGUCGCGGCGGACCAGGGCGACCUUUCACUAAAGAGACGCGGCACCACGUUGACUCUCAAAGCCACCAGGGGGCACCAGAGGAGCCAGAGCAGCAGCGGCGGCGGCGGCGGCAGCACCAGCCCCGGCUGUCCCCGGCAGGACUCCGUGGACCCCUCGGACGAGGACGUGGGCACGGGGGCGGGGACGGGCGGGGACGGCUGCCGUCAGACCUUUGACAGCGAACAAUUGUCGGAAACACUGAACAGCCUCUCGCUGACGUCGCUGCUCACCCCGCGCCCUCUCACGCCCCCGCUGGUGAAGAAGUGUAACAGCACGGGCUCUCUGGACCAAACCAAUGUAUCCGGCCGGAGUAAAGUGGGACGCCACGUGUGCGGCGUGGAUGCCCACGGUUACCUGUCCAACCCCUGGACAGAAGGAAGGGCGAGGGGCGAGGAGGAGGACAGUGAUAUCACAGGCUUCAGCGUGGAAAGCGGCGGCCGACCCGCAGACACAACCUUGAGGAAAAAUAGAUGAAACUCUGCAGCGGAACUCUUUAUCCAUUCGCAUCGCUGGACCUUCUGGACCUUCUGGACCUCAGGAGCAGAACGGAGAGAGACUUUUAAUGCUCGUCCCGUGUGAACCCAAUUCCAAAGUUCUCUCUCGUCUUUGAGUCGUCUGUUCUCUCUCUCCGGCUGCUCGGGAACAGCUGUCACUUCCCCCCAAAAAACGACAGCCUCUGCUGAGUUUCGGCCCCCCCUCCCUUUCCCCACAGGAUCUGUGGUUCCUGUUGAGAGGACUUGACAAUAAUGACAAGGGGCUUAGGGCCUGGGCGGUCCUGGGCUUUACAGUUGAGCCAUGCUGAAACACAGAUUAUUCAGAAAGCCAUGAGAGAGAGAGACAGGACUGAAAACUCCCCGGUGAUUGAUGAACAUUACUAACGGUGAUGUCAUUCGGGUGAAACUGCUAAAAAAAUGUACAUUUCCUCUAAGGAACAGGGCUUGCUUGACCCCACGUGCCGUCAACCUUUGUGCAAAAACAGUCUUGUCAAUAUUGAAAAGAUGGCCGACCCUGGUGCCUCUGAGGACGAACUGAACUUUGUACAGGUGUUUUUCCGUCUGUCUGUUUGUUUGUCUGUCACGUCCAUCUCUAACGGUAGCAUCGACCGACCUUUCGUCCUCUUUGAGCAGAUCCGACGGGUGACAGAAGACUGACCGGUUGUAUGAUUUCUGUGUUCUUUUUUUUCCAACUUCCAUGUAUUGAAGUUGUGCGAAUGUAGACGUGUGUGUCUCAGUUCGUGUGGGAGAGGGAGACGGUCUGGACAUCUUUGAACAGAAGGACAGGUUGAGUGAAACGUGUGGGUUGCUGGUGGCCGCGUUGGCCACAACCCCAUGAAAGGGCUAAAAUGUGUCGAGUGCAGACCUGGGCCAAAUCGGCAAAUAGUCUUUUGCUAUGUAGUUUUCAGUGUUUCAACAAAAUCCGCGUCUUUUAAAGAAAAAAAAAAAAGGGUGCAUUCAUUAUUUUUAAAGACUUUUUCCGAUGCUAAUCAUAUAAACAGAGAUGAUAAACAGAUUAUACUGUUUUCCGUCGCGCUCCCCGCGGAGUUCAGCCACCGGGUGAUUUGAAUUCCCUCGCGCGAGUGACGUGAAUCACCACCCGAGGAUAUCCGCCCGUUCUCUGUCAGACGCGGACGUCGGGAGGAUCUCGACGGCGAUUUGCGUCCGUGUCAUCGCAUCGCGCAAAUAUUUCCUGAAGCGAACGGCGGGCAUCUCGUGCCAUUGCGUUUGUCCCGUUGCGGUAUUCGCGUUGCCGACCGACGACCUUGCGUUGACUUUGCAUGUACUCUCGCUGCCCGGAAAAUUUGACUUGCGUUUUGGUGUGAGGGCGCCAUCGUGCUGUGAUCGCGCCAAUUGCAAAGCGAUUUGUUUUGGAGUCAUUGACCUCGGCCGCACGCGGAUGUCCGCCCGUUCUUCCCUCCACCACAUGUAGUGUAGCGGCUCAAAGAUUCUAUUGCAAAUGUUCUUGUUAUUAAGCUAUUUCUGUUAGUAAACUGUCGACAUUAUAACUGAUCAGUCAUCGCUGCGGCCAUGCUGAUUCCUCAGUAGAUCCUCACCUUUUCCCAACUUGUUUCCGUUCGGCUACAGACCAACGCUGCGCCGUCAUAUUCAACUCAAAGAGAACUGCAGAGGCCAACACUCAGGGGAGUAAUGGCUAAGGAAACGGAUCCGGUGUGAGCUGUUUGGGUAAAUGCAGCUCACGUUAGCUCUGUCACCUGUUCAAGACGUUCAACCUGCGCACAAAGGCGAGAGCCAAAAGAAACUAGACCUAGUCCAAGAACUACAUCCUCCCAACAACACGUUUGUAGAGUCGAUGAGAGUAAAUCCUAUUGACUGCUUUGGUCUUAGCUAACCGAACCGAAACAAAAUGGCAACCGAUUUGGAAAGUUUCACCAAUUAGUGGACGGGGUUCUUUGGGAAUUCGGCGCACGCUGGAUGACACCCGACCGCCGUCGUUUACUUGAGCAGCUCUUAAUAUGCGUUUAAACGUCACGCUAGCUAACUAUGGGAAACGCCGCUAAAGGCCCUCGUGGGGUCACUUCCUGUGUCCCGACUUACCGGCGACAUGACAAGAUGGGACUUUACAGGUUUUGGUUUUUUUUCGCUUUUAAAACCCCAAAAAUGAGCGUUUGACUCGGGUCUGCUCGAGUGUAGCAAGAUGUACAGAGAAUGACCCGCUGCAGUGUGGACCACGUGGGCUGUCACUCCACGCUUGGAACACUUUGUCAGACAUUUUUUGACAAAAAAUGGAACGACCCAGCAUAAAUCGCGUCGCACCUCAUCUCUUGAAAACCCAUGGCAGGGAGACGCAUCAUAAAGCGUAAUACAUACGGUUCACACACGUUGUCACCGCGCAGGACGUGUCCGUAGCCGUUUGAGACGCGGCAGGCGAAGACCCCGGUGUUUGUCCCUUCCUCGGCUUUGUCUGCGUCCCUCCUGCUUAUUCUCGUUCAAUUGUAUUAUCUCUCUUCCACGGGGAAGCCGGAGUAUUAAAUGACUGUCGACCGCCCCCGCCCCCUUCCUCUAAUCGAGAUAUGCAAUAUGCUACAGUAGAUGUACAGUUAGACGUGUGAGACUCGUAUAGAUAGGCAAUACGGUGAGAGAAGAUUAUAUUUAUGAGUUCAUGUAUUAGAAUGAAAUAAUGUCACAGAGAUUCAAAAGGUCACUGAGAGGACGAUGAUGGUGAUGAUGGUGAUGAUGGUGAUGAUGAUGAUGAUGAUGAUGGUGAUGAUGGUGAUGAUGAUGUAUUCAUGUAUUCCAGAGUGUCGGAGUGUGUGUUCUCUCUCUUUUCACCCUCCAUCUCCCCAGCCUGAUUUUUCGUUCUCCAAAAAUGCAUGUGGGUUUUUCUGUCCCCCCCCCUCCUUCCCCUGUUUUCUCAAUGUCCUUCGAGUGUCAUAUAAAAGUGAGAUAGAUUUUCAACAGCCACUGACUCUGGACGGUUGUUUUUUUUUCCAACUGAAGUUUGGUUCAUUUUUCUGUCCUUCACGCUUGUGUCAAAGGUCAGUGUUGGUUUCAAUUCCUUCUUUCUUCACACACAAAAAGCCCAACCUUAUUGUUUUUACAAACCUUUGGCUCGACGAGAUGCAAAACACCUGAAACUGUUGCCAGCGACAUGCCGUAUUUUGUUUGCAUUUAAUUAAGCUGAAUGAAUAAUUCAGCCUGUGGCUUUAACUUCGUUCAUUUUUCAUGCAUUGAUUCAUUAAAUAUACUGCAACUCA